AUGCGAGCCAAUCGCGAAGGCAACGAUUUCGAAGGAGACGAGGAGGAGGGCGACAUAGAGGAAGACGACGACGAGGAGGACGAUGAUCUAUCCAGCCUGUCAUCUUCCCUUUCCAUGGAUGAACGAGACCACGACGACGACGGCGAGGCUGAGGUGGACAACAACAACAACAACAACACCAGCAGCAGAAAUAAGAGCACUACGAAAAAGCGAGCCGCCAACGACCCCAACCGCCUCGGCCCUUCUCCCACGUCGACCGCCCGCAAGCGCACCGCCAACGUUGGCUCCCAUUCAGAUCUGGAUUCGCAAUCAGACUCUGCCAUCGAUUCGCAACCUCAUUCAGAUUCUGAAUCUGAUCCAGAUCCGGAAUCUCGACCUCAGUCUCCACCACUCCCUGAAGGGUCUAGAGCCAGCGCCACAGUCACAGCAAGGACUCCACUUCAACCCACCACAGCGGCGGCGGGGGCAGUAGACACUACUACGGGUACUUCUCGGCGGAUGAGCGCUCAUAUCGGCCGUCGUCAUAGCAGACACAUGGGCGAUCCGUCCUUGUUUGUGUCGUCGUCGCCUUCAGCAGGCAUGGAUCGACCCAUGGAGGAAGGACAAGGACAGGGACAGGAUGCAGGGAACAUGUCGACGUCGUCUAUGGUUGUACGACCGAUGCCGCGUCGAGAGCUUCUUGGCGACGAACAUGCUUCCUUGCACGAUGAUUCGGUGGCAACGGCCAGCGAAAGCGAAGGUAUGGCUGCAGACGGAAUCGACCGCACCCGCUCAUGGUCCUCCUCCGCACAGGAAAGACCCCGUCCCUCCUCCUCCUCUGCCUCCGCCCUGAGGCAGAACGCUGAGCACCGUCUUUCCGAAAUCAAGUCCUCCCCCGCCCCCUCUUCCUCCAAACAGACUUCCGCUCUUCCACACCAUCAUCGCCAUCACCCCCAGACAUCCUCUUCCUUGGCACCGUCACACAUCACCACCGUCAUGACGACGCGUUCCAGCCGGAUCAAGGACUCGAUCACAAAGGACUCGGCCCCCCGCAAGUGGAUCUGUAAACAAGUCCCCGUCAAGACCCUCGGAGGGGAAAUGAUGAUGCCCAUCUGGUUCUCUGGGAAAGAGGAGGACAUGCUUCUGAACGAGCCUGUGGCCCCGAUUGAGCUAGAUACCGACAGUAUGACUCUGGAUCACGCCGGAGGACUCACCACCCCUGGACACCACCAUCACCACCAUCACCACCAUCAUCACCACCACCACCACCUCAUGGUCGACGAUCCCCUCCAGACCAACACUGCUCGCCACAAGAGGAAACUGAAACUCAAGGACAUGGCGCUGAGAGAGUCAAGGGAUCCACAGGACUUUAUCGACAUGCCCCAGCCAAUGGACAACAAACCCCGCCAUCACGACCCGCAGGCAAAGGAUGGCAAGGGCAAGAGUGUCUCGCGUGAUUACCAGCCUGGAGAUAAGAGGAUCAAGAUCCAGAAGGAGAGCAGCAGCACGGCAGCACUCCGCAAGGUCAAGCUGGAAAAGACGAAAAAGAUCCGCAAAAUUAUUCGAGAGCGCUCCGAGUCGUAUGUUUCGACACGCGACUCGACCCCGACGACACCGCCGAUCGAGCAAUUCGAAGGAACCCCCGAAGAAGGCUCCCCUCCGCGACAACGUCGUCCUCCGGAGAGCAAUAUGUCGUCCCCCUCAGGUGGGCCUCGACCCCGGCCCUUUAUCUGCGAGAUCGAGGACUGCGGCAAGCGCUUUGUGGAUGCCCUGCAGCUUGAGCGUCAUAUUGAGCGACACGGACCCAAGGAGCUGGAAUGCGACCUGGACAUGUGCGGUAAAUUGUUUUCGUCCAUUAUGCUAUUGCGACGCCACCAAUCGAUGGUCCACAAGAGGCGGUCCGAGAAAUGGGAGAGCCCGCCCGGAACAACGCGACAGCGCUCUGGUCGAUCAAGACGUAAGGAGCCACGUAUUGUCGCGUCGGGCGACAUCAUGGAUCCUGCUGAGCUGGAGGAGCUGCCACGUGAUCCCAUGGAUGUAGAUGAUGAAGAAGAGGAAGAUGACGAUCGCGGCGAAGAUGAAGACGACGACGGCGAGCCUUCUUCGAGCAGAGCAGGCAAGAGAUCUAACGAAGGCAAGGCUAGAGACCUCAAGCAGCUCAAGGCACCUCGUUUAUCCAAGGAGCCCAAGGAGCUCAAGGAACCCAAGACCAAGGACCCCAAACAGCUCAAGGAACGCAAGACUCCCAAGGCCUAUUUGCCCAAGAAGCUUGCGCCAAGGGGGGAGGACGGAGAAGAUGAUGGCCAAGGAGGAUCCGAAGCUGGCGAUGGAGGAUCGAACGCUGUCUCCUCCCCCGCAGGACCUGCCCAGCCUCGCCCUCGACCCUUCCACUGUACACACGAUGACUGCAAGAAGGUCUUUAUCGACGCCACCCAGCUGGAACGCCAUUUGGAGCGCCAUGGCCCCAAGGAACUGGAAUGUGGUAUCGACGGCUGUCGUAAGCGGUUCUCAGCCCAGAUGCUUCUCCGUCGCCACCAAUCGAUGGUGCACAAGCGUCGUAGCCCUGCAGUGAACGUGUCUGCGACGACAGGAUCGCGUCAAGUUCGACCUCCAGCUGGAUCGGCGCCAUCUAGUCGAUUGGCAGGCCCACCCCUGGACGCGGCGUCGCUUGCUGCUUCAUCUCCUGAAGGCAGCAGUGGCUACACUCCCUCACCCACAUCUGGACAUGGAUACGGGCAAGGGCCUCCAUCGUCAUCGUCCGCAGGCUAUCAACCAAGACACGCACCGCCCUCGUCUCACCACCAUCAUGGUCACCAGCAGCAUUCCCACCAUGCCCACUAUGCACCUUCCUCGCAAUAA